AGUCCUCUCUGAAGCAGAUAAGUGGUUUCUCAUCAAAAGUUUGCGCCACCAUGAAUCACAAAUCUUUGUUGUUUCGUUUUCCCUUAACUUUUCUGCUAGUUCUGUCGAUUGUCAUCAGUGCUUCAGGAAGGGGCUUGACCGACGUCUCAGGAGCAUCUACAGGAAGAACUUUGCCUCCACCAGCAGACACGCGCGACUGCCAUGCUAAGUACCAUGUAUUGGAAUGUGGGUGUACUAACAACACACAAUGUUGUAACAGCGCAAAGCCUUGCUUUACACCGCUUGGCUGUAAACCAGGAGAUUGUGUAGCCAAAGCUUCUCCUUCGGAAAUUGGUCUGAAGUUCUUUCUUCAAAUCAUUUCUAGCAAUAAGAUAUCUUAGCAUGUUUCUCAUCCCUUUUG